CUUCUCCUACCAUUUUUCUGGUUUUUCAUCUAUCAUCAGCAGCUGCAUGCCAAACCUCUGCAACUUCCAAACUACCCUUCAAAAUGUCCUUUGUUGGCUCCCUUUUUUCACUGCUUUACCCAUCAUCUUUUGUCAUCUCUCUUUUCCUUCACUUUCUCUUGUUCCUUACAUCAAAACAAAGACAAAGUCUUCAGCUUUCACCUUUUUCUUGAACCCUUGAAAAAACCUGAAUUUUCCUAAAAGGAUCCUGUUUUGAUGCUAAAUACUGCAUGUUUAGGUGUAAAGGAAAGUGCCCAUUUGCCUUUUCUUCUUGAUGAUUCUCUUAGUUCAGUCAGUCAAAGCCAUAUGUCUGCCCUUUUUGGUUCUUUCAAGCUUGGACUUUAGUUUUCUCCGGUUUCUCUCUGAUCUACUUGCAGAUCUUCAAGGCUUAGCUUUUUCUGAGUUCUGGUCAGUUUUUUCUAUUUCCCCUCUCUCCUUUGGUACAAUUUUUUGAAAAAUUCAGCUGGAGAUUCAUGGUGGCAUCUUUGGGGGCUAGUAUCAGUUAUUUGUAGCUUUAAUUGAAUGCAAAAAGCUUCUCUAUUGUUCAUUUUGAAGGUGGCCAAGUCAGCUGGGUAUUUUCUAUUCAACCAUUCCUUAUUUGAGGAAUCUGUUGCCUGGUAGUUGUAGUUUCUGAUCUUUUAGAUUAAUAGAUAGUCAAACAUUUAGUAUCUGUGAGUUUUAGUCUGUUUUGUGAGAUACCUAGCUCUUAUUCUUCUUACAUAGUCAUUCCUCUCUGUCUCUCUGUCUCUCUCUCUUUUUUUUUGCUUUGCUUAGAGGGAUCCUUUUAAAAAAUAAGCUUGAUUGCCAUAUUCAAGCUGUUUCUGUACGAUUGUAUGGUGGUUGCCUCUUUGGCAGCUAAUUUACCUAUGUUAGAAUCCUUUUUCCAAUUUUUUUUUUCAUCUUUAGCUAUGUGAAUAGGUAGUUAAGCAGAUUCUGUAUCAUAAAUCUCCUCUUGGUGCUUUAUGUCAAAAUGUCUGGAAAUGGCCAUUGUUUUGUCGAGUGGAAGGAGGAAUUUGUUUCACAGGAGCGUGGUAAUCGAGUUGUUCACUAUUUCUUGAAGGAUUCCGCUGGGGAAUCCAUCCGUGCUGUUAUUGGUACUGAGAGGAGUGUUAGGCACAUGUUUUAUAUUGUUGCUGAGGAGUUUGUGAAGGUAUAUGGUGCUGAGCAUUCAAUUCAUGCUGGUUUCAAAUGGAGGUCAAGAAGAGAGGUUGUGGAUUGGCUUACAUCUAUGCUCUCAAAGCAGCAUCUUGAGGGAGAUCGAUCUAAGUCUCCGAAACAUGACACACUGCUAGCUUUGCGGUCUCCCGAUUGUGCAAUGAUUGAGAUUAGUGCUCGGAAGGCCCUACAGGAUGAUAUGAGCCAUUUUUCAAGAAAUUUGAAUGGACAAAGUUCAGAUAUUGUGUGGUCAGGCUCUGCAUGGACAUGUGGUAAACACCUCAAACAUUUCCCAGCAUUUUGCCGCAGUGGGACCACAAUAGCGGUUCAAUCUUUUGUCUUUGUCAUGGCUAAAGGAGAGAAUCACUAUCUUGCUUACUUGGAGGAUAUGUACGAGGACAAACGUGGGCAGAAGAAGGUCAAAGUGAGGUGGUUUCACCAUACUAAAGAGGUUAAGGGUGUCAUUCCUGUAAGGAAUCCUCAUCCAAAAGAAGUUUUCAUCACUCCUUAUUCGCAGGUCAUUAGUGCAGAGUGUGUUGAUGGUCUUGCAAGUGUCUUAACUCGUGAGCACUAUGAGAAAUGCUCUGCUGUUUUCCCUGAUGCUUUAUUAGCUAGAGUGCAUGUAUGCUCUAGGCAGUUCAGAAGUAAUAAAGUGAAGCCAUUUGAUUUGAGUAAAUUGCGUGGCUAUUUUGAUCAACCGAUUCUCUCUUGUUUGAGUUCUACUUUGUCCUCUGAACCUGAAUCCAUGAGCCAUGGCCUACAUGAAGAAGAGGAAGAACAAAGCGCUGGUGCAAAUGUAAAGCUGGGAAAUAAGAGGACCAGAACUAAUAACAGGACUUCUAGUAACCACUUGGUGACUUAUGAAACUUCAUGCAAGAAAAUAAAAUAUGCUUUGUCUGGAAAGAGAUUGCCCUCCCUCAAGCAUGCUGAGAGUCAAUAUUGUUAUGGAUCACUUUUCAAGGUUGAUGAAAAGAUAGAGUUGCUGUGCCAGGAUAGUGGAAUCCGAGGUUGCUGGUUCAGAUGUACAGUCUUACAAGUAUCAAGAAAACAGAUGAAGGUCCAAUAUGAUGAUGUGCAGGAUGAAGAUGGAUAUGGUAACCUUGAGGAAUGGGUCCCAAUUUUCAAGCUUGCUAUGCCUGACAAACUUGGCAUGAGGUACUCAGGCCGCCAAACAGUACGACCAGCUCCUCCUAGCUCCAAAAAAGAACUUGCUGUGGAGCUUGGGGUUGCUGUUGAUGCAUGGUGGAGUGAUGGCUGGUGGGAAGGGGUUGUAACUGGGGUUAACAGCAGUGGUGAUGAUAAUUUUCAAGUUUACUUUCCUGGUGAAAAUUUAUCCAUGAACAUACACAAGAAAGGUCUAAGAAUUUCCAGAGAUUGGGAUGGGGACCACUGGAUUGAUAUUGAUGCAAGACCGGAUAUUCUCUCCUUGAUAUCUGAUGUCAUUAGCCCAGACAUGGACACAAAAGUUUCCAUGUCCACUACUAUUGUCAUGGAUGCCAAGCAUGAUGGGGGUACAAUGCCAGUUGAAGCUGUUGCUGCCAAAAUUAUUGCUGAAGGGGAGAAACCUGAGUUAGCUUUUCAGGACUGUUUUGAUAACCUCGUAGAAGAUGCUGAUUGUAAGGAGCCUGCAUCAUCAAAAGAUGAAAAGGAUGGGGAUGCAAGUGAUUGUAAGAAGCCUCCCCCAUCAGAAAAUGGAAAAAAUGCUGAUGCUGAUGCUGAUGAUGCCAGUACCAUUCAUGAUAAACUAAAUGGUAUGGAUGGUAAUGAUGAAAUCAACAAUAAUGAUGAUGACGAGGAAGGCAAAAUAGAGGCGGAAGAUGGCAAGGAGCAGAACUCUAAAAGUAUGGAACUCAUGGAAGCAGCAACCUAGAAUGCUUCUGGCGCAACAGAUUCUUUUGUAAUGGGGAUGUUGGUACUAAUGUUAACUAACAUGAUUUCGGUUGUUCAGACCUGUAAAUAGUGAUGCAGUCAUAGCGCAAAAGUUGUUGCCGUUUGUGCUUGACGAGGUAACCUUGGUCGGUGUACAGAAACAAGGUUAGUAUUCUGUCGUUUUUGUUGUAGUAAUUGUUUUGUAUCAGAGAUAGGAUUUGCAUUUGAAGAUCUUUGGUUAGAGCGUCCUCUAAAAUGGAGUUAGUUCUUCCUCAGAGUCUUAGUCAUGGGACUUUGCUCGACUCUUGUAACACCAGUUCCGUGUUCUCUUGUAAUGAGAAUUAUCAUAUUUUCUCUA